UAUCACUUUCAUUUUCUGUUAUGUUUGCAAAAUAGACUCAAUACUGUAACGUGCAAGGGAAGUAGGCCUUGAAGGUGGAGACAGUUUUAGAAACAUCAGCAAGGAAAAAUACAAGAACAUACAAGAUAACCAGCUUUUGGGUGAGGCCAAGAGAGCGCACUGAAGUUUCAGCAGGAUGAGUGAGCGAUGUGAGCUCGUGAUUGAAGAAGUCCUUGUGAGAUUAAAAAAUGGUGACAUCACCCAGGAAAAUGUGGAUGCGGUGGUAAACCUAACUAAUUCAUCUCUCAGUCAUAAUUUUGGUAUAAGUAAAGCAAUUCUUGCAGCAGGUGGACCUUCUUUACAGGAUGAAUGCAAAAUUAAAGGCAAACAGCCCCACGGUGAUGUUGUUGUAACUGGUGCUGGUAACCUUAAAUGCAAAAACGUCAUUCAUGUAAUUGGAGCAACCCGACCACAAAAAAUUACUAAUGCCGUAAUGAGCGUACUUCAAGAAUGCGACAAAAACAACCUGGGGACAGUGGCUAUCCCUGCUAUUGGGACAGGAGUGGGUCAACUACAUCCGCAGGAAUCAUUCAGAUCCGUUUUAAAGGGGAUUAAAGAAUACCUGUCUUGUUCCAUAUCAUUAAUUUCAGAGAUCACGAUUGUAACCUUUCUUCCAAAUAUUUACCAUGAAUAUGUAACGCUCAUGAAUUGUGAAAUCGCAAAAUUCCAGAACCAAAAUAUAGGAAUCACAAUUAACGGCAGUAGAGUGGAAUUUAUCAGGGGUGAUAUCACUGAGCAAGACGUUGACUGCAUUCUGAAUUUAAACCACUACCACCUAAACCGGUCUGCUGGUGUCUCUGGUGCUAUACUGUCUGCUGCUGGAAAGAGUGUUACGGAUGAAUGCGCAUGUUAUGGUACAUUACCUGCCAGUGGGAUUGCUAUAACAAGUGGUGGGAGGCUGAAAAGCAGGCACAUAAUGCAUGUGAUUGGUCCAACUCGGGAGUCUGCAUUUGCUUCAUCGCUGGAAAAAAUACUAAAAGAAUGCGAAACAAAGUCAUUCCAAACCGUUGCAUUACCAGCUAUUGGAACAGGCUCGGCUUCCAUUGACCCAAAAAGUUCAGUUGAAGCAAUUUUGAAUGGCAUCGAAUUAUGUUUACAGAAAAUGAAAUUUGGUCAAUUUGAAAAAAUUGUGAUUGUUGCAUAUACUGAAAACGUUUACAAUGAUUUCCUACAAGCUUUCAAGGCCAGACAAUCUCAGGAAAUCAAGAUCAAAGCUGAUAACGUGAAGCAACUAUGUGAAAGCCUCCGUCAACCAGCAAACUGGCGUCCAAUGGACCUAAAUGAUCUAAAUGUUGCAUGUGUAGAACUGAACAAAGAUACUGCCGAAUAUAAAAAAGUUGAAACUGAUUUCAUGAAAUCACAAAAGAAGGGAAAAACAACUGAAAUAACCAAGAUUGAAAGGAUCCAGAAUGCAAAGAUGUGGCUACGGUAUGCACUCCACAAGUUCACUGUUGAUAGCAGGUACCCAGAUCAGGAGAAUGAACGUCAUCUGUAUCAUGGAACAAGUAAAGAAGCAACUAUGAAUAUUAAUCUAAAUGGAUUUAACAGGAGUUAUAAUGGGAAAAAUGCCACCCGUUAUGGAAAAGGAACAUACUUCGCUACACGUGCAUCAUAUUCUUCCGAUGAUAAAUACUCUCCUAAAGAUGAUCAAGAAGAGAAGCGCGUCUACCAGGUUGCCGUCAUAACAGGGAAAUAUUGUUACUCAGACAGAACAUGUAUUGAGCCACCACCAACACCUGAGGAUCCUAAAGUACGCUAUGACAGCACAGUGGAUAAUGUCAAUAAUCCAAAAAUAUUUGUCAUUUUCUACGAUGACCGUGCAUAUCCAGAAUAUCUGAUCACUUUUAAACAAUCCGGUGGAGAUUACUAAAACUACUGCCACAAUAACAUAUGCGCAUAUAUAUACCAAGCAUUACUGUCCAUCUUUUUUAUUAAUUCUACUUGAUUAAAGCUUAAAGAUUUAUAGUAAAUCAACUAAAGUAAGGAUGUUAGUAAUCGAUAGCAAAAUUUAAUUGGGGGGCAAUCCAAGGGUAGGGUGUUGGCAAGGAGCUUGAGAUUAAAUGUAUAACCUCAAUUAGGGUUGGGCUGGCUACAUUUGGCCUGGGGCAUCGUUGGGGCGGGGGGGGGCAGUUUAUCUUGGUUUUAUAUUAAGGCUGCAAGAACUAGAAUGCAUUAAUGAUAAAAUAAUAUAGUUACAUAAUAUAGAUUAGUAUUGUGCUGGAUGCAGAAGCCACAAUCCUCUCUAUGCCAGUGGUCCUGGGGACAAUUCCCCUCCUGACACCAUUACUGGACUAAUAUUUAGUUGAUCUCUGUAUUAGCUGCUCAUUUUGUUUGCAAUCACUGCCGUUUCUUAUAUAAUCUUUUUAUUUUAAUCUAGAAUAAGUAAGAAAUAGAAAUGAAAUAAUCAAAUCAUGGGUUUAAUCAGCAGUUUCAUAUUUACCCGUGACAUUUUCCUACUAUAAAUUAUCUUGUGCUUGCU